UUGUUAUGUCAUUUUCAGUGUCCAAGUGCUCUCAUAACCGCAGCUGUCGUCUCGCAGUUCGACAUUCAAGGUCAAUGGGUUCCUGUCUACACGGCUUGUGGUUGUUCCUGCCUUCUGGGCUUCGUCAUAGCCCUGUUCACGCGUGACAAGAACGUUCGCUGUGUGGGAUUUACAAACAAAGCAUGCGCUUCCCUCUGCGAUCCGUGUCGCCGCGAUCUGCUGAAGGAGGACGAGGAGGAUGAGGAAGCGUAG